AUGUAUUGGCUCAGCCACUGGCAGAUCCCAACCAGCCCAAGCAAAUGUCGGAAUAUCAAUCAGACAGUCACCUGCAACUUUGCGCUCUAUGGCAACGCAACCAAUCUCAGUCCGGACCAGAAGAUUUUGCCAAAUAAUGAUAUUACAGAUAAGACGGUACCAUAUACGAUCAUGAGAGCUUUCAUCACGAAUGCUAUCAUUGCGUUGAUUCUCUCAUUCGCGCUCUUGAUGGAUACACCAAAAGUCCACAUCCAUGACAGAAAACGACAUAACAAAGAAUCAAAGAUAAAGAAAUCAACGAAGAAGAAGCAGCACAGGAAAAAGAAGAGACGAAAAGAAGGAAGUUCUACUACAAACUAG